AUGCGCGAGACAACGAGUCUCUUCAGAUGUGCCCGGGCUCUGAGGGCUGGCGCCUUCUCUGUUCUCUGCUUCUGUGCGCUUCCUGCUCUCGCAACUCAGGCGCUGGGAGUGUCACGUGAGGCUCAGCCGGCCAAACAAUGCACCGCCGAUGACGACGCGACGGUUGUUUUCCAGCCCGCCGAUACCGAGAAGCUGUUUAAGUGCCCGGCGGGAUGGACGCUGGAACCCACGAAGACCGAGUACGCGUACCAGGACAAUGAUUCCCAAGUGAAGCUGAGUGAAAUUAUCGAAGGGGCGAACCUUCAAGCGUUAGCUGACCACUACAAGUUGACGCUGCCUGCAGGCGGUGACCGCGAUAAUAAGGCUUGGUACUACACCUGCAAGCAUUCAGUUGAUAGCAGCGAGCCGCCCGCCAACGACUCCGAUGCCGACCAUGAAAAACAUGAAUCUGAUAGCUCUUCCACAACCCCCUCCAUUUCAGUCCCCCAGGAAAACGAACUUGGAAAUGGCCGUGACGACUCCGCACUCCAGUCGGGCCUUAAUGGCGGAAAUGGUGGCAGCAGUUCUGGUUCGAGUGACGGAAGUGGCGGCCGCGGAGAAAACGAAACCUCUCCAGAGGGCUCACUGGCCUCCUCCGGCGUGACUGGCCUGGAUGGCCAUGGUAAACCAGGACCUCAAGCCGAGGGCGAUACGGAGAACCGCAGUCCCACACAGCAUCCUGCGGCCGAUCCAGAGGCUCAAAAGCAACACGCUGACGCCCCGCCUUCCGAUAGCGAAGAAAGUAAGAACAAGCUUCAACCUGAAGUGAAGUCUUUCAUUCGUGCCGUCGGAAGAGCCGCAUCUCCUGGUCACCACGGAGCCAAUCAGGAGAAGCGGACAUCCUGCCGAAUAACGGUUGAAGUCGUCGCCUCUACCCUCGUUGAAUGCAAAACAGGUGAAACCAAGACUGCCAACGUCUCAGCCGCUGGCGACCGAGUGGCCUUCAAGUGUGCAGCGGGGCUGUCGCUGAAGCCUGAGAAACUGGAUCAGGUUUAUGACGACAAGGACGGAAACUGCGCGUCGCAGGUCGCUCUCACAACUCUUGUGAAGGGGUCGCUGUUCAGUCUGGCUGACAAGCCUGAGGCCCCAGCCAAGAAUACCUCGUAUGUACUGCGAGUGGAUGAGCUGCCUGCAGAGCAGCAGGCCCUCUGCUACAAAUGCGUUGCCGCCUCGAAGGAUGGAGGAAAUGAUGCACGAUCGGAGGAGGCCGCGCAGGAGUGCCGGGUGAAGAUCGCUGUGUCCUCAUCCGCUUUGUCGCCAUCGGUUUUAUCUGCUGUCUCGCUCUCUGCUCUUGGUUUUGGGGCGCUUGCCGGUGGUCUCUUUUGCUAA